AUGAGGGUGAACUGGACUGCUCCGGAUCCUCUGGAGGGAACGAAGUUCUACUCCAUCCAGCUGGAGUGGGCCCACAGCCCAGAUCGAACCUUCGAAUACCGGAGCGUCAUCGCCGAGGUUCCUGUGGGAGAGGUGGACUACCAAAUCCCUGUGGCACCUGGCCUGGCUGGAACGGAUGCACAGGGGUUUGUGCUGGACGCUGUGAGUGCAUCGAACUCUUUGGAUCGAGACACUUAUCUUGGCACCUACCCUUACCUUUACGUGUUCACCAAGAGCACUUGUUUUUUGGAGAUCGGUUUGCAGGAAAGCAUGUCGAGGUCCUCGCUCUUUGAGCAGACGACCCCGGUGGGCUUGACGGUGAGUGACACCUCGCCACAGAUCACCAACAUUGAGUUCUCAGAUCAGGCUCGGGACCAAACGGUGUUGGCCGGCUCGUCGGUGAAAGUCAACUCGGUGAAGCAGACAUUGAAUGCCGACAUGGGAUAUGUGUUCGUAGCUGACGUUCGCCGUGGUAAGAUCGGAAAACCAUCCAUGCGAAACAGCUCAUAUCCUGUGCUAGAUGUCCCGAUUCCACGUGGCCCUGUGCAUGCCAAGCCCUCACUGGACACGGGUAGUCCCCGACUCCUCUCCGCCGAUAGGAAGGACUUGGACGUGGACGAGAUUGGAGGAAAUCUGACCUGGACGGAGAACAGCACUUACGAGUGCACCAAUGUUGAUGGUCGUGCAAUUACCAUGAACCGUAUCUGCACGCUAGGAGAAGACGCGUUUGCAGGACACAUCCAGUACUCGGUGGGAGAUGGCAUCAAUGCCAGCGACAUCUCGGGUGGCUGCUCCAAUGCCACGAACGGCUCCAAUCUGUCUGGUUGCCAAUUUGAUGAAGACACGUCCACAUCAACAACUUCCAGUUCAAUCUCGUCGACAACAACGGCCAUAACACAGACUUCUACGACAUCUUCCACACAGACGCAGACUGCGACCUCAACAACUUCCACCACCACAACAGGAUUCACCGCCUUGACACGGUCAGCUCAAGAGCACCCCUUUGUCGACCUGAACCUGUAUGCCACGGCUCAGAUUUCGAUCGUCGGCACCAAUGCAGACCCCUACCUCCCAGACGACAAUAUCACACUGUCAAAUCCCUUGCUGGCGGCCAAGAAGCCCGAAGAGGGACGCCUCGACGGGAGCGGCCAGUUCUGCAAUCUCGUCCUCAGAAAGACAACGUACAUCGAGUUCGACUUCGGCACUGACAUGCUGAUUGAGAGGAUAGAAACCAAGGGCCGUGAGACGAUCUUCCAGUGGGUCUCCAAGUUCAGCUUGAGCUACACUCGCAAUGGCUACACCUGGUUCGAUCUGCCGCAGGUGUACGAGGCCAACAACGACCGGACGACGCUCGUGGAGAACAUCAUCCUUCCACACUCUUUCUUGGCGAUGAAGCUAAGGCUGAACCAACUCGAGUACUUCUCAUUCCCGUGCAUGCGAGUCGACAUUUUUGGAUGCAAACGCGCGGACACGGUGGGCGUCGAAGAGAUCAACAUCCCGUUAGAGACCGACUUCACUCCGUAUGAUCACAUCCUUUUCUUCAUGGCGUCGUCUGACUACCUCUUGGUGUUUACGCAGUCCCCGACCACAGAGGGAAGCACGCCAACCUCCAUUCCUCUCAUUGACAACGCUGUCAACGUCACGAAUGUCUCCUUUGUGGACUACGACUUGGAUGCGGAUCACAUUGCGGGAGUUCUCAACUAUGAUCCUCCCGAGGAUCUCUCUGACGUCCACGCUACACAAGAGAUAACUGAUGCGUCGAUGCACCGCACAAAGGGACGCCUACGACAGAUUUCAGUGACGCACUUCGUGCUCUACCUCGCACGUGCCCCGGCUGCGUUCAUAGUGUUGCGUUCCGGCUUGCAUCUCUCAGCUUCCAUUUCCAUCGGUUCUUGCCUGGUGGAUGGUCGCUUCGAGCGCGCUCCGUAUCCUUUCAACGUCUCUUACGAGGUCCUCGCAGAACUGGACACCCGGCUUUGGUGGGUUGCACAGGUUUGUGGGUGGAGCCUUGGGUUGAAGGAGCAGACGUAUCCUGUAAUCCUGGAGCUGGACAAUGCCGACUCUCCCGCCGUGAACAUCAGCUACAUCGCUGAAGAUCUGAACUUGGACGACUUGGCUGGUACAGUGGAAUGGGACCACCCAGACGAUUACUCCAAAGUGCUGGAAUACCAUACAGAGCUUCAAGACGCUUUUGGGAACUCACCUCUUUCGGUGGCCACCACUCCGGUGACCGCCAGUCUGAGCAUCGCUGUGCCCUCCAUGCCGCGCUCCAUCUACGAGAGACUGGCCAUCUACUCUCAGUCGGCGCUGUGCCGAUCAACCCUGCCCUCGGUCUUGACGAUCCAGGGCGCAACAUUGGACUUCACAGUAGCGGACCUCAUCCUGAUCGAUAAGGAUCUCGAUGAAGGCCCCGGCUGGUGA